UCCAUAUUGAGUAAGAAUUAUGAUCUUUUAAAGAUCUUUACCAAAGAAGGAACAUGGAAUUUUAUUUGUGGACUGACAACCCAAUUACACAACCCAUCAUUCUUCUGAACACAGCAACAUCCAGAACCCAGGUUGCAUAUUCACUGACACUAUUUUUUGAUAUAUAAUCUUCUAAACUGUAGGUCUAGGUAAUACUCGGGCAUUUUCUCCAGCAAAAAAACAAUAUUCUAAAAUAUUCAAUUGAGAUGUGAUUCCACUGGCAAUAAUGGGGUUAGUGGUGGCCAAUUUUGAUGCCACAAUUUGGAAAAAUUGGUUAAACAUUCAACAAUGAACAUAAUAAUAUUACAGUAGGAGAAAGCUUGAGUUUAUAUUGUAAAUUGUGACUAUUUUCUCUAGACAAGCAAUAUGGUGCAAAAAGUUAGAUUACAAACCAGUGGAGGAUAGGAAAGUUUAAUAUACAUUGGAAAAAAUACUGCACAGCAGGAUUGUACCAAAUUAGCUCUCUUCAGGUUCUGAUUAAAAUAAUCCUUUAGUAAAGCAGCCUGUUGCAAAUCCCAUUGAAACAUUUUAAUCAACAUGCAAGGAUGACAGUAAUCCUGUCUGAUCUCUAUAGAAAGACAGAGUUAGCAUCUGCUAAGCAGUGGUGAUGGCUCUUCUUACUCCACUGCCUGGCAGCGUACGGCAUGGACUUGCCAGAAUUAGUGGAUCUCUCUUCAUUCAAAAUAAGACCAGAGACUGUGGAGAACAACAUGCAUAUCAGUCAGGCCAUGACCUACUGUCAAGCCUUCCACUACAGAUGAUGUUAUAUUUCAAUGCUUUCUUUUUUCCUUUCUGGAUUAUAUCAGAGAUCAUUACCAUGGAACUCAAGUUUGGUCGGCUGUCUGGUUACUAUCAAAUUCUUCUGACCACAUCCUUGGUUAUUCUUACAUUAGUAGAAAGCUUGAGAUUGUAUAUUGGAUAUGUUGGAAAUUUACAUGAAAAGGUUCCAGAACUGGCUGGCUUUUUGAUCCUGACCCUUUUAAUACAGUUGCCUCUGCUCUUAUUCCUUUUGACUGAUAACAGAAAUUUACUUUUGCCCUUGGAUCUUGCAGUUCACAUGAUUUAUCUGAUGUUUAUUAAUGCAGAGAUAGUAAUUUCCUUCCUGGUUCUUAAAACCAUGACAAGACAGUUUGCUCUUGAAUAUUACUUACAACAGUCUGAGAUUCUGGUCAGCAAACAUGUCCCAGUUAAUAGAACUCUUCUAAGGUUCCAGAACACCACCACCAGCAUAGCAGAACAAUAUGGGAGUGAUGCAUUAAUGUACUAAGGUAUAAGCAAAUUCUGUUUCUGGUUUUCAAACCAGCAGGAAUUAAGGCUGAAUAUCUGUAUUUCCUAAUUACAGAGUUCUUUGCACUUGAAAAGGCUAAACACAGAGGAGGGAUUUGGUACACAGAAAAAUAUGGAGAUAUGAAGACAAAAAUGACAAAAAAGAGAGGGAACCAGAAAAAGUGCAACAGAUAAACAAAGAAAAGGAAGUGUAAGACAAAACAUAACAGAGGGAGAGAAUGGCUGAAAUUAGAGAUUUGUUGAGGGAGAGAGAGAAAAAAAACCUGAUUAGCCACAAGUUCUGAUUAGCCACAAGUUCUGAUUAGCCACAAGCACACCACUUGGAGGGAACCCCAAUCACUUAAGGCUAAGUUAUGCAAGUAAACAAACCAAGGGUGGGACAGCUAUUGCAGAAGGAGGUGAGGAUACACUAGGGUUUAAUAAGCACGAAAGAAAAAAAAACCAUCAACCACAGGUUCAGUUUAGCCACAAUACAGCAUAGAAAGGCAAACCAUAUUCCUACAGCGAGGCAACAGUAAUUUUGGCCUCUGGAGAUAAAAUAUGCUUACAGGUUUUCCAAAUGAAAAGCCAAUACAAUUGGCAAUAAAGAUAAAACAAGGUUUAACAAAAAAAACCCCACAAAUUUAUUUUCAUAUUAACACAAAAACUCUCUGUGACAUGGUAAUAAGGUCAAAAUGAUGGAAUGAGAAGCCAUAUUUAGCUGCACAAGUAUGCAGGCACAUUUCUUUUAUUUGAAAAUGUCCUUCCACUUUUGGUGAGUACAAUAUUGUUGCAAUAAAAAAAAAAUAUAAUCA